AUGGAAAGCCUUGCUAUGCCUUCUCAAGUAGGCCAAGUGACAAGAGGAGAUGCCUUUGUAAAUGGGUUGCAAACGGCUGAUGUUGUAGAAUCAGCUCCGUCGAGUCAAUGCGUUGGAGCUAAAAAGAGGAAAUCUGGUUCUGUCAACAGGUUCAAGAAUGGUCAAGGAUCGUACACUAUGGAUGAUGCACAAAAUGCGAUUGCAACAUGUUCUGUGGCUGAACCAAGAGGUGUUCGAAGUCCUGACUUUCUGGGGAAAAUUAUGAAUUGUAAGAGUCAGCUUGAGGAUUCCAGAAAGCUGGCAUCCAAUAUCGCAACCCUCUCUAUCGCAAUCUCUCCGGACUACCUCCGCCACUGCCUCUGUGAUGCUCACGCCUGUAACCAACACUACCUCCGCCUCACGUCUGUUGGGAGAAGAAUAGAGUCCAUGGUUCUCCCACUAGAGCUAUUACAACAAUUCAAAGCUUCAGAUUUUACUGAUCAAGAAGAAUAUCAAGCAUGGCAGAAGAGAAACCUUAAAAUGCUCGAGGCUGGACUCCUUUUACAUCCACACAUGCCACUAGAUAAGGUCAAUACUGCUGCUCAACGACUUCGCCAAAUUAUUCAAUCAGCCUUAGAGAGGCCAAUGGAAACUGGGAGGAACAACGAGUCGAUGCAAGUCCUUCGCACUACAGUAAUGGCACUUGCUAGCAGAUCAUCUGAUGGAUCUCUGUUGGAGUUCUGUCAUUGGGCAGAUGAUGAAGUUGAUGAGCUUAUGGAACUCAUUAAGAAAACUUGGGGGAUCCUAGGACUGAAUCAAAUGCUGCACAAUCUUUGCUUUACAUGGGUUCUGUUCAACCGAUAUGUUGCUACUGGGCAAGUUGAAAACGAUCUGCUACAGGCUGCUGACAAUCAGCUUGCUGAAGUUGCAAAAGAUGCAAAGGUGAUGAAGGAUCCUGUUUACUCUAAGAUCUUGAGUUCUACAUUGACUGCCAUGUUGGGUUGGGCUGAGAAAAGACUCCUGGCAUAUCAUGAAACUUUUGAUAGUGAAAAAAUUGAUUCCAUGCAAAGCAUUGUUUCUAUUGGGGUAUCAGCUGCCAAAAUCUUAGUUGAAGAUAUAUCAAAUGAGUAUCGUCGAAGAAGAAAGAAUGAAACUGAUGUGGAUGUUGGGGAUCUUGCAAUGAAAGAAAAUGACAUAUUCAGUCCUAUCUUAAAGAGAUGGCACCCUUUUGCUGCAGGUGUUGCUGUUGCCACACUACAUACUUGCUAUGGGAAUGAGUUGAAGCAAUUUAUUGCAGGUAUAACAGAGUUGACACCAGAUGCUGUACAAAUACUGAGAGCCGCUGAUAAGUUGGAAAAAGAUCUUGUCAAUAUUGCUGUUGAAGAUUCAGUAGAUAGUGAUGAUGGUGGGAAGGCCAUCAUUCGUGAGAUGCCUCCUUAUGAAGCUGAAGGUGCAAUAGCCAACAUGAUCAAAGUUUGGAUAAAGACAAGAAUAGAAAGGCUGAAGGAAUGGGUUGAAAGAACUCUUCAACAAGAGGUUUGGAACCCACAAGCUAAUCAAGAAGGAUGUGCCCCUUCAGCUAUCGAGGUUUUACGACUAGUUGAUGAAACUUUGGAUGCAUACUUUCAGCUGCCAAUACCACUUCAUCCAGCAUUACUCCCUGACUUGAUGACCGGCCUGGAUAAAUGUCUUCAAUUUUACGUAACUAAGGCAAAGUCUGGCUGUGGAUCAAGGAACACUUAUAUUCCCACCAUGCCAGCAUUAACAAGGUGUACUGUAGGGACAAAAUUUCAAUGGAAGAAGAAAGAGAAAGCAGUGAAUUCCCAGAGAAGGAAUCCUCAGGUUGCUACAAUGAAUGGAGAUAGCUCUUUUGGGGUACCACAGGCAUGUGUGCGUAUAAAUACUUUACACAAAAUACGGAUGGAGUUGGAGGUUCUCGAGAAACGAAUAAUAACUCUACUAAGGAAUUCUGAAUCUGCCCAAGUAGAAGACUUUUCAAAUGGUUUAGGAAAAAAGUUUGACCUUACACCAGCUGCUUGUGUUGAAGCUAUCCAACAACUCUGCGAGGCGGUCGCCUAUAAAAUUGUCUUCCAUGAUCUUAGUCAUGCUUUAUGGGAUAGUUUGUAUGUUGGUGAGCCUUCUUCUUCUAGAAUUGAACCUUUCCUCCAGGACCUCGAGCAGAAUCUUACCGUUAUCUCAGAUAACAUUCAUGAAAGAGUUCGUAUACGUAUUAUUGCUGACAUAAUGAGAGCCUCCUUUGAUGGUUUCUUGUUUGUUUUGCUUGCUGGAGGGCCCUUGCGUGCAUUUUCUCGCCAAGACUCGCAGAUUAUAGAGGACGAUUUCAAGUCCCUCAAGGAUCUAUUCUGGGCCAAUGGCGAUGGGUUGCCUGAUGAUGUGAUUGGUAAGUUCUCGUCCACAGCAAGAGACGUCCUUCCACUCUUCCGUACGGAUACAGAGAGCCUCAUCGAGCGAUUCAGACGUUUGACUUUGGAAACAUAUGGCUCCUCUGCAAAAUCUCGACUCCCCUUACCUCCAACCUCUGGGCAGUGGAAUCCGACUGAGCCAAACACACUGUUGCGAGUUCUGUGUUAUAGGCACGAUGAAGCUGCUUCAAAGUUUCUUAAGAAGACUUAUAACCUGCCAAAGAAACUGUAA